UGCAUUGGUUUGGAAUGUGGAUUCUAGUCAUUUUAGCAGUAAUAAUUCUCUAAGAAAUCCUAUAUGGAACACACACGUCUUAAUUCAAAGGGAGGGACAAUUAACUACAGAUCAGUUGUCUAAUGUAGUGGUCUCAUGAACAUAUGAUAUUAAUUUUGAAUUUUCUAGCAAAAUUUUUUCCGCAUUGCCUCUGUAGGUUCCCUCCUAAGCUUUGUGCCUAGGCUUCAUGAUGUUUAAGUAAUUAUCAUUACUUGCAUUUUUUAUGCCCAAUUUCAUUAUUUUUAGGUGCAAGAUUUAUAUGAAUAUAACGAUGAGAUGGUAGAGCUGACAAAAGAAGAAGUCAAAGUUAUUUGUAGAUUGGUCAAAGGAAAGGCUCCACAUCUUAACUUAGAUCCAUAUCCAACUUACAGUGACUGGUUUAAAUGGGACGCUAAGCAUCUGCUGUCAAAUACUCCAGGCCCAAAGAGGCGGUUUACUCCUUCAAAAUGGGAAGCUAAAAUGGUUGUUAAAUAUGUUAGGGCAAUUCGCAAAGGUUUACUAAAGUUUGACAAGCCAAAAGAAGAACCACGUUUUCACCUGUUGUGGGGGUAUGAUUCUGGCUCAGCAGAAAAGGCUGCGCAUUUAUUGUACAUUCCUGCACCAAAGCCGAAAUUGCCAGGCCAUGAGGAGUCAUAUAAUCCUUCUCUAUAAUACAUACCAACACAGGAAGAGAUUAAUUCUUAUCAGCUGAUGGAUGAGGAAGACUGACCUAAAUUUAUAACUAAACGGUGACUCAAAAUCUUUGGCCAAUAAUAUUUCUUUCCAUUUUUUUUUUAUUGUUGAAUAUCAAGCAUUUUAACAAAAUUUGCUAUACUUAGGUACACAUCUCUAAGAAGUAUUCCAGCAUAUGAGAAUGCCGUUAAGGACUCUUUUGAGCGAUGUUUGGAUCUAUACUUGUGUCUUAGAGUUCGUAAGAAGUGUGUAAGUUAGUUACCCCCAAUGGAGACCAUGUUUAUGGAUGCUCCAAAAAUUUGGUUUAGAUAACUUGCAAGAUCUUUGAACUGAUCUAUUAUGCAUCUGUUCUGAUAAAGUUAAUCAAAAUUACUUCCUUUGAUAUUUCAGAUUAGUAUUGAUCCUGAAUCCUUGAAACCUAAGCUACCAAGUAGAAAAGAUCUUAAACCCUACCCAGCGAAAUGCUAUCUUGAGUAUAAAGGUCACAAAGGUGCAGUUAUGUCAAUUUCUACUGAAGGUUCAGGGCAGUGGAUUGCUUCAGGUUUGGAUGUUCAUUCGUCUUCCUUAACCAUUAUGUUUUCCGGUCAAACAUUAAGUAUCUUUGGAUGUGGAUCUCAUGAUCUCAUGUCCUUUGGAAAGGUUCAAUUGAUGGAACUGCACGUGUGCAGGAGGUUGAGACUGGUAGAUGUCUUAAAAUCUGGGAGUUAGUGAAGCUGUUCAGUGUGUAGCAUGGAAUCCUUUACAUGAGCUUCCUAUCUUGGCAAUCUCUGUGGGACAAGAUGUUAUUGUUUUGAACACAGGAUUGGGAAAUGAAGAAGUGCAGAAAAAAAAAAAAGGAACUUCUUCAUGUUAAGAAACCUACAG